AUGGGAGGAAUACCGAGCAUAGCGCUCAGCCAGCGCUCCACCCGCAGUAGGAAAUCGAAGUACAGGGGAAAAGGCAAGACCAAGAUGCCGAAACAUCCAAAUCCAAAUCCGACCCCAGGGGUAUACCCGCACCCCUCCUCCUUCAGAUCGCUGUGCGAAUAUAUAGACGACGAUAUUCGCAAUAAAAUUUGCAAUUACGACGACGACAUGGAUCACUUCCGGGCUGACCACGAGCACAGCGGCGAAUGGUGCCCGAUCCACCAAGUAGGCGGCUUGGUUGCAAUAGCAGCGCCUCAACAUCUGUCGGUCAAGUCUUCGUCUCCAGAGCCAUCCGCGUCGGUGCCCCCAAGCCAAGAUCCCUCAUACUGGCCUUCUUCGUCUUCACAACCACUGCCACGGCCACCAUCGCCAACCCACGACGAGCCCUUCGACGAGCCCCUCGAAAUCACCGCCUGCACAGCCAUCAGAUCCUAUCUCUCACCCUACCCUUCCUCAUCCUCCUCCUCCUCCUCCUCCAACCCCUUAUCCCCCACUCAGCGCGCAGAAAUCGAGGCUUUCAUUCCCGCAACAAUACUCCGCCUACCGAUGAUGUUCAGGGCUUGUGCACUAAGUUCGUGGGCGAAGUACAUGCAUAAGCAGCAGCUGAACAGCAUGCAGGUCAUGAUGCGGCAGAUGAAGAAGAGAAAGGGGAGUACGCAGAAGGUCACGGUGCUACCUUGGGAUGAGGGGAUAGAGGAGUGGGGUGGGAGUUUCCCCGCUGAGGCGAAGGAGCUCGUGAGUGUGACUAGAGGAGAGAGCUUGUAUACGCGUGUUCCACAGCCACAGGGGCUUGCGAAGCGCAAGAACAGUGAGGAGGUGACACAUGAAACAUAUUUUCAAGCAAAGCAAGGAGGAGGCGAGGGGUGCCUUGACUUGAACGAUGGUCAUGCAAUUGGGAGAGACUGGGCUUGUGACCACAGUGGGCCGGUCAUGCUCUUGUAUGAGCAGAGGGAUGGUGGCGAGGAAGAAGAGAAAAUGCGAAAGGAUUCCCUCUUUGAUAGGGCGGUGCAUGUGUUAAAAAGAGCAGUGCCCUCAUAG